AUGGCUCAUGCUCACGGGCAGGCAAGCAUCGAGAAGCUGCUGCUCGUAGCCGAUACCAAGGAGGCGGCUGGUCAUGGGUUAAGUGGGCGACAACAGGGAAGGUCAGAGAAAGUUGGUUGUAGGGUGGCCAUCCGUGUCUUCCUUAUGGCUAAAGCAAACCCAAGUGGCAAUGGCCCGAGAAGAGCUUUUCGUAUCUAUAAUUGCUCUUCCGAUGACGAGCACGAAUCUUCCGGAGACGAGCAUGAAGAACAGGAUUCAUUGCAAAUCGCUGCAUCUCCAUUGCUAGCCAUAGCCGUCGACAGAGACAAAAAUAGCCAAAGUGCCUUCAAAUGGGCUUUGGAUAAUAUCAUCACCGCGAAAGACAACCUCACACUCGUCCAUGUCAAUACCAAGAGUUCAUCAUUAGAUAAUGCCAAUUAUGUCGCCCGUAUCACAAGGGAGAUAAUUAGUCCUUUUCGAUGUUUCUGCACGCGCAAAAAUGUACAGUGCAAGGAUGUCAUAAUCGAAGGCAUUGAUGUUGCCCGAGCAAUAAUAGAAUUUGUUUCGAAUGCAAGAGUCGAGAAGCUAGUGGUCGGUGCAUCAAGAAGCGGAUUUCUUAGAUCAUUAAGAAGCACAGACCUUAGUACCUCAAUCUACAAAGGGGUGCCUGAAUUCUGCACCGUCUAUGUCAUCGCAAAGGGGAAAGUAUCCUUCGUGAGAAACGCCACUAGGUUGCUGCCGGCCAUCUCUCCUUUCAGGGCUCAAGUCCAAGGCCAACCAAUCGUCCAACCUAAUCCAAUACAGAUCCAAAGUAAUAAGAACGAUAUAAAAGUUCCAUCACUGAAGAAGAUAUUGCAUUUUCCAGUUACAAGUGAGGCUGCAGUCAGUCCACGGAAUCAACAAAAACAGAAUGAUUCGAUCAAGACACCUUUCAACAGAGGAGGAAAGCGUGCUCCAACAACAAAAUCUCAAGAAGAGAUUAUCAUGGCAGAGAGUGAUGGGUCUUCUGUAAGUAGUAAAUCAAUGGGUGGAUCUUCUUUUCUGUCUCAAGAAAGCUCAUCACCUUCGACAAUUGAUCAAGUGGAAGAGGAGUUAAGAAUGCUGAAGUUCGAACUUAAGCAGACCAAGGACAAGUAUAACACUGCUCGCAAAGACGCACUUACUGCAACACGAAAGGCAAUGGUGCUCCAGCAUUGGAAGAGAGACGAAGAGAGACAGUUAGAAAAGGCUCGGCUGGCUGCAGAAUCUGCUAUUACAUCAGCCGACAGCAAAACAAGUGAAGCAUCGGAACAUUCAUUUGCUCUGCCACAUAGAGAUGUCAGGUAUAGAAGGUACGCGAUAGAGGAGAUAGAAGAAGCCACUGAAAAUUUUGCAGAAAGUAGGAAGAUUGGGGAAGGUGGUUACGGCCCUGUUUACAGAUGCUUCUUGGAUCAUACACCUGUUGCUAUUAAGGUUUUGCGUCCAGAUUGUUCACAAGGAAUGUCUCAGUUUCAUCAAGAGCUUGACAUAUUGUGCUGCAUUCGGCACCCAAACAUGGUUCUACUGGUCGGUGCUUGCCCAGAAUACGGCUGCCUCGUAUACGAAUACAUGGCCAAUGGAAGCUUGGAGGACCGCUUACUCAGGCGAGGGAACACACCGGCCAUUCCGUGGCAGCACCGGUUCCGGAUCGCCGCAGAAAUAGGCACCGGCCUCCUCUUUCUGCAUCAAACCAAGCCGGAGCCGCUGGUGCACAGAGACCUCAAGCCCGGAAACAUCCUCCUUGACAGGAGCUUCGUGAGCAAGAUCAGCGACGUCGGGCUUGCCCGCUUGGUCCCUCCCUCCGUGGCCAACAGCGUCACUCAGUACCGCAUGACGGCCACGGCAGGAACCUUCUGUUACAUCGACCCAGAGUACCAGCAGAGCGGCAUGCUCGGCACCAAGUCCGACGUCUACUCGAUCGGGAUCAUUCUGCUUCAGCUGGUCACGGGGAAAGCUCCCAUGGGGUUGACGCACUGCGUGGAGAGCGCCAUCGAGAAGGGGACGUUCGAGCAAGUGCUUGAUCCGUCGGUGCCCGAUUGGCCGGUGGAGGAGGCUCUUAGCUUGGCCAAGUUAGCGCUCAGGUGCUCUGAACUCAGGAGGAAGGAGAGGCCGGACCUUGGAAAAGUGAUACUGCCAGAGCUGAAUAGACUCAGAGAGUUUGCAGAGGGCAGCAUCCAGCAGGACUCCAUUUUCGGGGCCUCGGCGUCGUCCGCUUAUAGCCAUUUUUCUGAGAGAGAUGCGUUGAGUGGACCUGCAACAGAGCAAUCUGUUUCUGAAAGCUGAUCAAGAUGUUGAAGUGGAUUGGCGUCGACGCUUGGAAGAAGAUGAGCAAUUUCCAUGAUGAAGGAAACAAAUCCAGAGAAA